CGAAAUUCCGAUGACGGCUGUGAGACGAGCUGUGGGAAAAGUCUGUAGCUAUUUUCUGUAUUGGUGGUUUUGAUACCCUACCUCUCUUUGUUCUUUGAUAGAUCGGUUGGCAAGCAAUCGAGAGGAAGAUAGAAACCAUUUGAAAGAGUGAGUGUAAGGAGGAAGGGCGGGAAAGGAGCUCAUCGUUUAUUUCAUCCGGUCGAGUCCAAGUGUCAAGACUGAGCGUUGAGUUGGUCUAGUUGUUCCUUGACAUCAACGCCAACGUCAUCGGCAGUACGGUACCAGAACAUAAUAUCAUGGCGAAACCAAACGAUUUGGUGGGGCUCCGGCGCAAUGACAGCCAUCUGACCUAUCUUCAGCUGCUGAGACCAGAUUGCGACCAGAGUGACUCGAGUUUGAAAGAGCUUGUCCACGUUCUGCUGGAGUCGAAUAAUAAUACCAAUACCCACGUCACGAGAGUGAGGGUCAUGGUACAGCAUCGUUUCUUUUGGAACCGAACCAACAAUAAUGAUGACAAUGACAGUCUGCGAUUGCGACGACAAGUCUUUGCUGCCGUUGGGUCUCUCCCGAAACUCCAACAGCUCAAGAUUGAUUCCUAUAUGGGCUUGGUACGGUUGCCCGUGGGAGUUCUUUCGGACACCAUCCAACGAGCUAGGCAGUUGCGAGAGCUGGAACUGUGGGAUCUCAAGCUCAUGGUAGCCGAUGAUAGCAACGAUUUGGAAGCGCUUCAGAACGCUCUCCAAGAUCACCCCUGCUUGGAACGAUUUACACUCUACAACUGCCAAUCAUUGACGGACAGGAAUGGCGCCACUAGAGCCUGCUCGUUGGAUCCAGUGGUGCAUGCACUGGCUUCCAUGCCCAAAAUCGAGCAAGUGUACAUCACUGCUGCAGCCGCCAACUCGUCAGCAUCUUCUUCCAUUGCCUUUUCCUGUUCGGCAUUGGAACACUUGUGUCGGUCCAAAACGUUAAAGGAACUGGGUCUGUGGAAGUUCAACUUUCAUUCGGCUGUACAACAUCGUCAAACGGCUACAAUAAUGCCCCCACACAACAACAACAACGAACCAUUAACAUUCAUGGCACCCGCCCUGGCCCAAAGCAACACCAUGACCAUGUUUGAGUUUGGAAAGUGCCAUUUGAGUGCACAAGGAGACUUGGCCAUGGCAGCCAUGUUGCGCACCAACACAUCCUUACUGCAACUCGACCUCCAUUUGGAUGCUGUUGUUACGACCGAUGAUGAUGAUGAUGAAGACUAUUUUGUGGCCACUGCCGAGGCAUUGGAAAAACACAAUCGAACGCUGAAAAGUCUCAAACUCUGGGGAUUGCUCAGUCGAAGGAAUCAAGAAGCAUUGGUGGCCAUGAUCCAGCACAAUUAUUGUUUGCAGACGUGCCGGUUGCUAGAUGCCGAUUGCGAUGUCAGUCAACAAAUGGAGUUUUACAUUGGAUUGAAUCGUCGGGGACGAAAGCAAUUGUUCAAAACCACGUGUGGGUCUCAGUGGAUCAACGCGUUGGCGGAUUGUGGUCGCAAUAACUUUCCCAAGCAACAGGACGGCCUGAGCGCAAUCUACUAUUACCUCUCGAUGAAACCUGGACUACUCUGCUGUCCCAAGUAGAUGGCACUCUC